AUGACGCAGUCAUGGAAGCAGAAUGCGAGCUGUUGCAUCGGAGCACUUGGAGACAGAAACGAACAGCCCGAGCUGUUCUCGAGGUCCUGGUGUGGUGGGCUCUCAGCGCUGUACUGGCGAGUGCCGAUCUUCGUGUGGGCACUGACCACAACAAUCUGGUCUAUAUUGUGCUUUUGGGGCAGCACCGACAAGUUCUUACUGUACAUGACGCACUGGGGCCUGUUGCUGAUUCUAAUAGAGUCUUUCUUCGGCAUAAUCGCAGCUGGAAAGAAUUACUGUGAACUUUCAGGUCACACCACAACUUUAAGUACGAGCAAGGCAGUCAAUAAGAGGGCCAAAUCAUCCGAUUACGGCAGUUUUAAUGAACCGUUGAAAAAUGAAAAUAUGAAACCAGCGCUCCCGUGGUAUCUAAAAGGUUAUUGGAUACUCUACAACAUCUCCAUUCCCGUCGCCUUCUUAAUCACCGUCUUCUAUUGGGCGAUAUUAAAUACUUCUGUCAAGAAAAUAAACUAUGCACCGAAUCCAGUUCUAGACGUCAUGCUGCACGGCGUCAACUCUCUAGUGAUGUUGGUGGAGCUUACAAUGUCGGGGCACCCGAGUCGCCUGUUGCACAUAAUGCAACCGCUAUACUUCGCCCUAGUAUACUUGAUCUUCACACUCACGUACUACAUAGCGGGAGGUCUCGAUCCUUGGGGUCACGUUUUCAUCUACCCCGUCCUCGAUUGGUCGAAGCCGGAACAGACGCUCGUUGUGGCGGUGCUAACCGGGCUCUUCCUGGCUCUGAUGCAUGUGUUGGCGGUCGCCAUAGCAACAGCACGCGACCUAAUCGCCCGGCGAUGUUUUACCACACCAUCUGGAGUAUACAACGACGGAUUUGAACCU